AUGGCCUCAAAGAUUGUUGUUUUGAGUCUUUUGUAUUUCUUGCUGAUAUCAUACCAAGCUAUUGGCUCGAGACCAGUGGAUCCCACAGCAGGAUUCACCUCCCUUCCUCUUGAUCAAUCAAAUUUUGAUGUUCAGUGGCCAUAUAAUAUGCAUGAAAAUCAAAGAUACAGCUUCGAAAAUGGUAUUCGUAGGAUGUGGGUGUACUCCAACGAUAAGCCCCACUUUCCAACAAGCCAUACUCGACCCAGAACCGAGAUCCGUAUCCAUGGAUAUGAUUACUCUUCUGGUGUAUGGCAAUUUGAAGGACAUGGAUAUGUACCAACCGGAACAUCUGGUGUGUGCAUCAUGCAGGUGUUCGGAGCUACUGGUCAUGCCACAACCCUAAUGCUUAGAGUCUACAAUGGCGACCUGUAUUAUUUCAGUGAUGAAGUGAUUGCCAAGAACAUUUAUGAUAGAUGGUUUAGACUUAAUGUGAUCCAUGAUGUUGAUGCUGGCAAACUACAUGUUUAUAUUGAUGGGGCAAUGGUGUAUGAAGCAGAUGGACGUGGAGGAGACUUUCAUUACUUUAAAUGUGGAGUUUAUGAACAGGACAAUGGUUCUCACUAUAUGGAAUCUCGUUGGAAGGGAAUUAAGGUUCUCAAAAAGAUGUGA